GAUCGUCGCGUUGCGGCAGUCGAGUUAAACCUCUCUGACACUUUGCACGCCACGAAAAAUACGCCAUGGCGUUCUGACGCUUAAUUACGAAUAUAACCUAUUAAGAACAUCGGUCCAAAGUAGUGCAAGUGAUACUUUUAUAACUUAACUGUGACAAUGGGUUUAAAAUCUGAAGAUGAUAAGCGUCCAAGCAAAUUGGCGAUCAUGGAUGACAUAUCGGAUACACCACGUGGCUUGGGAACUCGGCACUGGGUGACGUUCAUGCUGUUCUUAGGGAUGGCUAACGCUUACGUCAUGAGGACAAAUAUGUCGGUUGCUAUCGUCGCUAUGGUCAACCAUACCGCACUGCCCGUUAGCCACGAAGCUAUGGACACCGAGUGUGGUGACGUCAGCCCUAAUUCCACGAAGGAAGUCUUACAACAAGACGGCGAGUUUGUGUGGAGUUCUCCCCUCCAGGGCUACAUCCUUUCUUCCUUCUUCUAUGGCUACGUAAUCACUCAGAUACCUUUCGGUAUACUCUCAAAGAGGUACGGAGCUCGUCUCUUCCUCGGAGUAGGAAUGUUGAUCAACUCUGUGUUCGGUCUUCUAGUGCCGGUUGCAGCCAAAGCUGGUUAUCCUUGGCUUAUUCUCGUGCGAUUCAUACAAGGACUGGGAGAGGGACCAAUAGUGCCGUGUUCACACGCUAUGUUAGCGAAGUGGAUUCCACCAAACGAGAGAAGUCGGAUGGGAGCAGCUGUAUAUGCCGGAGCCCAAUUCGGCACAGUAAUCUCCAUGCCCCUAUCUGGCCUUCUCUCGGCCUACGGGUUCGCUGGUGGCUGGCCUUCCAUAUUCUACGUAUUUGGUCUGAUCGGGACUGUCUGGUGUAUUGCCUUCCUGCUCUUCGUGUCCGAGGACCCUGAACAGUGUCCCAGGAUCAAGGAAGCUGAGAAGAAAUACAUUUUAAACUCUUUGUGGGGCGCUGCUGGAUCUAGUUCACCACCAAUCCCAUGGAAGAAGAUUCUGAUGUCCAUGCCCUUCUGGGCGAUAAUGUUGGCACACAUGGGACAGAACUACGGCUAUGAGACCUUGAUGACAGAGCUGCCAACCUUUAUGCGACAAGUGUUGCACUUCUCUAUCAAAGAUAACGGGUUCGUAUCAGCUCUGCCCUACCUAUGCAUGUGGCUUUUCUCAAUGUUCAUCUCCGUGGUGGCUGACUGGAUGUUGUCCAGCGGACGAUUUAACCACACACAAGUCAGGAAGAUCAUUAACAGUAUUGGUGAAUACGGUCCAGCAAUUGGUCUAUUCAUCGCAGCAAACACAGGCUGCAACCCAUCCGCGACCGUCGCUAUUCUCGCCAUUGGUGUUGGGCUCAACGGUGGUAUCUACUCAGGAUUUAAGGUGAACCAUUUGGACAUUUCGCCUCGUUUCGCGGGUAUUCUGAUGGCAUUUACAAACUGCUUGGCCAACCUAACCGGAUUGCUUGCACCCAUCAUCGCUGGAUAUAUCAUUGACGGAAACCCAUCACAAGCCCAAUGGAGAAUAGUAUUCUACAUCGCAGGCGGUGUUUAUAUAUUCUGUGCAACAUUCUACAACUUAUUCAGCUCUGGACGGCGGCAGGACUGGGACAAUCCUGCCGAUGACGACGCUAACGCAAAAAAAGCUGCGGAAAAGAAAGCAAGGAAAUUAGAAAGGAAAAAUGCGAGUUACGAAAACACAGCUGAGACCGCGCAGUAGAAAAGCUCGAAACGAUCGGCGAACGCAACUGGUGAAUGAUAAUUUUUUGACAGCUCUCACUUUGUCGAACUCAACUUAUUGACGGCAAACUCCUAUAUUUCACACACAAUUUAAAAAACAAACCGAUAUGUUCGCCUCGAGCUAAAAUGAUACGAGUUACAAAGAUGCUUUUUAUAGACUGUAGGAAUAUUUCUACAAAUUUAGUAUAAUGUGAAAUUAUUUUACAAAUUUGACAUGAUUUUAAAAGUAAAAGAAUGCUUAUGGUAAUUAAAUUAUAUUGUGAAAAUUUAUAAAUUCAAGUAACCUAAUUUACUUGCAUUUAUCAUUUAUGUUGCAUACAGUCUGUGUUGUAAACAAGAAGACGCACAUCAAUGAGGCUGUGAUAUUAUCUUGAGUAUUCCUUUGAACUCGUAUCAUCUUGUUAAAUAUUUAUUAAUAAAAUGUUAGUUUAUUAACUACCAUAGAAGUAUUGUAUAGCUUGCGUGAAAGAUAUUUAGGUGAGUGUGAAGAAUUCGUUUGGUAAAAUUCGGGAAAGUUUAGAGCCUUCUUUUUGCAUUAAAAAAAGUUUUCACUCAUAAAUCCUUAGUCCACGGUAUCACAUUUUGAAUAUUCAAGUAAUGUUUCAGUGCGCCGUGUUAUCUUAAAAAUAAAAUAUAUUUUUAUAAUACAGAAAAAAUCUAUCUAAAUGUAAGAAAGACAAACAAAAAUUCCCAUUUUUAUCAAACUUGUAUUCUAUAAGUAUUUAUAUUGUGACGAUAUAAGGGUCCAAAUGUUUGUAUAAAUGUUACCGUCCAAGCCAGUGAUUUCUCACAAUCCUCGCAAUAAAAUGUUCAUCCAUCCGCAUCAUGGCCAAAGACAUUAAUUAUUCUUUGUCAUUGUUUGUAAACAACGAUGACGUCAAUCUGACAUAAACUGCAGUCGUAAUCGUAAAUUUUGUUGGUUGUAUCGGUCAAAUUCUGGCUGGGAAUGGAGAGUAUUGUGAAGUGCACUGAAGUUGAGAAAGAAAUUUUGUAUAUGCAAAUUAAUUGCAGCAUCUCGAAUAACAGAAGACUAGAAAACAAAAGUAAAGUAAAUCUAAAGAAUUCAUUUUCACGUCUGAAUAAUAAGCACGUAUCGCAAUUCUGGUUUUUGGCAAAUGAGACAUAAAAAACAUUCUUUAGUUUAUAUUUGUGCCAAUAAAGAAUUUGAAUUUAUUAAAAUGAUAUGCGAAUUAUGUAAGUAAAUAUGCACAGCUAAGCAAUUAUUGUAAGGCAAAUUAUAAUUUUAGUUUUAUGUAACUUGCGGCGUUAUGCGUUGCAUGCUCGGAGCUGAUGUGAUCAUUUUAGAAUAUUUGAGCUAAAGUAGCUUGAAGUGUUUUACCAUAGACAAGGUGUUUUGUAUUUAUAUUAUUGUAGGCUUAAAUGUAGGACGAUAUUGAAUUCAGCUUUUAAAACCAAUGGUAUGAAACAUACCAUUAUUCCAAUGUGAAUUAAAAAUUAUCUUAAAUAUAUUAUAUAAUAAUAGUGCCUCGUUACAUCGUUUCUAAAUAUCGGUUGAGUUUGUAAUAUUAACGUCUGGCCAAUAAUAAAACUGUCCAUUAAAAUAGGCUUACUAAUUAAAAUAAAUUUUAUAUCAACAAACUUUUACAGCUUUUGAGAAAUAAAUCGAGGUUAAUA